CUGUAACACCAGCUGCUUUCUGCACUCUGGAGCUUUUGCUGCCUUUGAGCUCCCUUAACUCCUUUUGCCUCUGAUCCUCUGCUUUGCUCCCUUCUCCCCCCUUCUUCUUUUGCUUGAAAUCUCUCUUUAACUUUUACCAUCGGUUUUUCUUUCCCAUCCCCCCCCCCUUUCCCUUCCCUUCACUGGAGUCUUAAAGGGGGAGAAGAAGAAGAAUCCAACAUAAUAAUAAUACUACCCCAACCACCCACCUCCCCAUUCAGAAAAAUAAAAAUAAAACCCCAACAUAGAUGAACUACAAAUGAGAAAAAGGAAAAGAUGGAGCUGCAUAUUUUAGAGCACAGGCUUAAAGUAGCCAGCAUAGCCAAGGAGAGCAUCCAGUUGUUUACCUAUGGAUUAAUCAAACUUGCUUUCCUUUCCUCCAAGACAAGGUGCAAGUUCUUCAGCCUCACAGAAACACCGGAAGACUAUACGAUCAUUGUGGAUGAAGAGGGCUUUCUAGAGCUCCCGUCGUCAGAGCACCUGAGCGUGGCAGAUGCUACCUGGCUGGCCCUCAACGUGGUUUCUGGAGGAGGAAGUUUCUCUAGCUCCCAGCCCAUCGGUGUGACUAAGAUUGCCAAGUCAGUCAUAGCGCCGCUGGCUGACCAAAACAUCUCAGUGUUUAUGCUCUCCACCUAUCAGACAGAUUUCAUCCUGGUACGCGAGCGAGACCUGCCCUUCGUGAUGCACACGUUGGCCACCGAGUUCACCAUCCUCAGGGUAGUGAAUGGGGAGACGGUGGCUGCUGACAACCUCGGGAUAACGAACGGAUUUGUCAAGCCAAAAUUGGUUCAGAGGCCCGUCAUUCAUCCCCUUUCCAGUCCGAGUAACAUGUUCUGUGUCACCAGCCUGGAUCCAGAUACCCUUCCCACUGUCGCGACACUCCUAAUGGAUGUCAUGUUCUACUCCAAUGGAGUAAAAGACUCAGUGGUGGGAAGCGAAGACUCUGGACACAUUCGCUUUUUCUCCUUCUCUCUCAUUGAGGGUUACAUCUCCUUGGUGAUGGAUGUACAGACACAGCAGAGGUUUCCUAAUAACUUGUUGUUUACGAGUGCAUCUGGAGAACUCUGGAAGAUGGUUCGGAUUGGCGGACAGCCCCUCGGCUUUGAUGAAUGUGGAAUUGUCGCUCAGAUUUCUGAGCCCUUGGCUGCUGCUGACAUCCCGGCCUAUUACAUCAGUACUUUUAAGUUUGAUCAUGCAUUGGUACCUGAAGAAAAUAUAAAUGGCGUAAUCAAUGCACUCCAAGUCAGUCAAGCUGGAAAGCAUUAGAAAUCUUCUGAGCUGGUUCCAGAUGCUUUUUCUAUUGUAAUAAUAUGAUUAUUCCUUUUUUCUCACAGUAUUCUUGGAUAAUCUGAUUCUGGAGAGGUUGAAGUGAAAAAAAAAAAAAAAGACAUGAGCAUAAACAGCUCUUUUUAAGAAUUGCUGAACUUAGAGCCCUGCUGUUCAGUUCCAAAGCAAAAAAAACCAUAACCUUGCUGAUGUGAGAGGAACUGCCCGCAGACAGGCAGAUUGUGCACGCUGCAGCUUUAGCAAGAGCUUCUCCAGAGGAACUGGGGUGGAAGGGCUGGUUUCUUUGUGGAGAGUGUAAAGAAAUAAGGAAAUAAAGGAAAAACAAACCCC